CGUAAUCUCUUAUGAACUAGGUUUUCAUUUCUUCAACAACAGCAACACUAAAUCAACACAGAAAAAGAUCAAAAGCUGAAUUCUCUUCAAUUCUGUGAAUUCGAUGCAAUCAAAUCGAAGUUAACUGAUACAGCAGCUCUGCCGCCGUCCAUUAAAUAGGAAUGGAGAAUUACAAUCAAGGCGAUCUAAUCGACAUAAUCAGAGCCACCGCCGCCGCAUCCAAUCCAGCAGCUGAAACCCCUACCGCCGCCGCCGCGGCGGAGUGGCAAUUUCCGAGCAAUCCGAUCGCCUUCUCCACCGACGAAUUCGGCGAUCCGUUCGCGCACCUCCGAGAUCCGCUGAUCGACGAAAUCGCCGCCUCGCCGCCGCAGCCAGGAUUAAUCGGAAAUGGAAAUCUAGGUCAAAUGAUUAAUCUCGACGAUGAGAUGAAUAGACCUCCGAAUCUCUUCUCGAGGAUGCUCCAGAUCUCGCCGGAGAAGCUGCCACAGCCGCUGAAUUGCUUGAUUGAGAGCAAUCUGCAGAUCUCAUCACCGCGAAAUACGGGAAUUAGAAGAAGAAAAAGCCAAGCAAAGAAGGUGGUUUGCAUACCAGCUCCGGCGCCAGCAAAUAGCCGGCAAAGCGGCGAAAUCGUGCCCUCGGAUCUUUGGGCGUGGCGAAAAUACGGGCAGAAACCGAUCAAGGGUUCUCCCUAUCCAAGGGGCUACUACAGAUGUAGUAGCUCGAAGGGAUGUUCGGCGAGGAAGCAAGUGGAGCGGAGCCGAACAGACCCGAACAUGCUGGUGAUCACAUACACGUCGGAGCACAACCACCCGUGGCCCACGCAGAGAAACGCCCUCGCCGGCUCCACCCGAGCCCAGCCGUCCAAAACCGCCGCCGCGAAAACCUCCCCCAAAUCCGCGGAGACCAGCACGGAGGUCGCCACCGUGAAAACGGAGGUGGAACAAGCGGAAGAAGCGGAAUUCGACGACGGAUUGAGCUACAAGCCGGCGUUGCCGGAAUCCAACCAAUCGGAAGACAGCUUCUUCGACUCUUUGGACUUGCUUUUCACGCAAGGGUUUGACAGCAAGGGUUUGGAACCCUUUGGAUUCUAUGAUUCAAUACGUGAUUGAGUGUGAUGUUUUCUUUUUCA